AUGAAAAAGCAACAAUUAUUUAAAGGCUUCUAUCGAUAAAUUAAAAGAUUAGUAUCGAAUUCAAAUGGAAAGGGCAAAAGAAAAAUAAUUUAAUUUAUUGAUGUAGCAUUAAUCUAAAGGUAUUAAAUGGGUGGAAAAUUAGACUUUAAUUAGAUUCCUUUGGUAAGCAUAAAAGAAUCCAAUAGUUUAUGUGUUAAACCUGCAGAGUCUAUUGAUUUAGAUCCUUAAGGUCAAAAAAUAGACCCUCUUGAAUUAUUAAUACAAUAAUGUUGA